UUGAGUAGCUCCUCCACCUCCACCACAGCCUCAGUCUCAGUCUCAGCCUACGCAGCACAUCAUGCGCUCUUCAACACGCAUCACCAGUCCCAACUAAGGCGCGACGAUAAUCUCGCCAAAACUAGCUGAAAGUCGUACCGUGAGCAGCAGCAACAGCAGAUGAAGUCCGCCCUGGCCUUGGCCAGACGUGGCCGCAACAAGUUACAACACCAAACGCAUCCUUAUAAAAAGCUUAAGCAGACGGCCGUCAGCUUUCAGCAACAGCACGACAAUCAAGAAGACGAUCUUAGCAGCAGCAGCAGCAGCUCAACAUUUUCAUCAUCCUCUCAGCAGCAAUCGUCGGUCUAUGACUAUGAAGCUGAGGAUGAGAAUGAAGAUAAGGAGCGACAGCGACGUCAUAAAGAUGAAAACGAUAGUCUAAUCAAUGUGCAGAAUUUUCUGAAAUGCUUUGGUGCCAAUGCCUAUGCCAUAGGCGCGACAAGAGCCACACCCUCAGUGCCAGCAUCCACAACAAUCUUAUCGGCUGCAACAACCACAGCAACUGCCACAAAUGAUGUAACUGAACUACGCAACUGGCGUCAACAAUAUCGCACGCCAAUGAUUACAGUUACAACUACAACAACAAUUACGACACCAACAACACAAGCCCCAUUGACAUUGGGAAAACCACAGAAGUUUCAAAUUAAUACAAAAUUUUUGCGCAAGCCACGUAACAAAGUAAUGAAAAUGCUGCCAACAACAGCAACAGCCACACCCACACCACUUCAACAGCAAGAGCAACAGCAACAGCAACACCAAGAGCAAGAGCCACAGGCGGCGCAGCUAUUUAAUGAUGAUUCCAACGCCAAAUUUAAAGACUUUUCAAUCGACUCGCUAUUGAAUAAGUAAAACGAUCCAGCACCUAGCCCUAUUAUUUGUAGUCCAAUUCAUCAAGCAGCCACCCACAAACCGCGUUCCUAGUUUUUCCCUCAGAAGACAAUUUUUGUUUAGCCAAUCAUACAAAAUAUAUAAAUACAUAUAAUAAACACAUA